AUGUCACUACAAUUAUUAUUUAAUAUUAGUUCUAAAUUAAUUCUUGAAUCGGACCUUUGUUUAUGUGAGAGAAAGACCCUUUUACGACACAUGUAUGAUAAUAGUUAUGGUCGAACACACCUAACCAAGGAUACGCGGUUAUUCUUGGAGAAAGUGUUUGCCCAGAAACAGUGGUUGACCAAGGAGGAACGACAGUUAAUUGCCAGGAAAUGUGGACUUAGUCCCUUGCAAGUAAGAAUAUGGGUAUGUUAA